ACCGGAGGGGCCGGUCCGGUGGCGGGUGUGGGGGGGGCAGCGCCGCCAUCACCACACCGGGCCCUAGGCGGGACGGCUCCGCUCCGCCGCAGGUAAGAUUCCUUACGUUUGAAGAUGACGCUCUUUGGGAAAAUUGUUGUCAUUAAGCGGAACGGGACUGAUGGAAUUAGUUUUCCCCUCACUGCGAGUUCUUGUUUAUUUGGAAGGAGAACAGAGUGUGAUAUUCGCAUCCAAUUGCCUCAGGUCUCAAAAGAACAUUGUAAAAUUGAAGUAAAUGAAAACAAGGAGGCAAUAUUGACUAAUUUAAGUACAGUAAAUCCCACGCAGCUGAACGGGGCUGGUUUCCAGCAGCCUGUGCCUCUGAAGCAUGGCGAUGUGGUAACCAUUAUUGAUCGGUCUUUCAGGUUUGAAUAUCCUCUGCAAGCAACUCCAAGAAAGAGGCGUUCCCGGUCUCCCAAAGAUGAAACACUGCAGGUUCUUCAUGUUCAGCAGGUGGCAGAAGUGGAAUUACGAACUUCAGGACCUAAAAGUCUUCAUGCUUCAGAUAAUGCUGAGUGCAAAGAAAAAGAUGCCAAUGAAAAUAAACAAAGUACAGAGGAAAAUAUUUCCAAUGCUCUACCCGUCAAAGUACAAACACCCAAAUCUUCACACAGAAUACAUCAGUCUAUUAAAAAGCAAAAUUCAGUGUCUCCCUUUUCUAAACUCUAUGAAAAGUUGAAAAAUGAGAUUAAAGUGAAAAAACCUCUUCCUGAGGGAAAUGCAUCUCAAGAAGCUGCAAAAGGAGAUGGGAAGAGUGUUCCUCUAGAACCAAGCGCUCAGAUUUCAUUGUCAGGUUGUGUUUCUGAUCUUGGAAACCUGUCUCAAGAACAAGAAAGAGGCAGAAGUAAAAAUAUUGAAGAAUGUAAGGUAGAAAUCAAGCAAGAUGCGGUCCCUUCAGAGUUUAACCAGGUCUCAGCUGUCGGAAGUGCUACCAAGAAGAGUUUUACCAAAAGUCCUCGAAAAUCCAUUUCGAAGGUGUCAAGAGAUACUGGUGAAAGAAGUCACUUGCAGGAUCAUAAGGAGCUAAGUACAGCAGGAAAGUCUGAAAGUACUGAAGUUACAACCAAACCCAGUCAGGAGAAGGAUGGAAAAGCAGUGUUUUCACUGAAGCAAUGCUCUAUAGAAUGCUUGGGUUAUGCAGCUGAAAGGAACAUGCACAGCUCUGUACCAGGACUGGAUAAACCAGCAAAACCAGGUAACGCCACCACCGUUUCUGAAGUUGACCAGUAUGUUCCGUCUACACCAACACCCAGAAGGAAGAGUCCUCGGUCUAAUUUUGUAUCACCCACCAGAGAAAGUAGUGGAACGAAUCCUGUAAUCACUGAUAUUCCAACACCUCGAUGGCGUGUGUCACUGGAACGUAAGUCUCUGUCAGGAGUUUCAGCUGAAACUCAAAGGGAAGAUUCACUGUCUAUAAGUGACAGCCUCAAACAACUGCCUUUGGCAGAAAAGAAGUGCUUAAAACAAAGACGAAGCAGUAAACAGCAUACACCGGGAAAACCUGCUGAAGAAGUGCUGAAAGAGAUUUGUGACCAGGCAAAGUUUGUGAACUCAAAAGAGGAACAUUCUGAACCUCCUGCCUCUUCUAAUUCCAAGAGUCCCAGAAGAAAUAACAGAGAAAGUCAAGAAUCACCAAACAAAAGUGUCCAUUUGGAGACACCAGCUUCAGAAGAGUUCACAUCAGAACUGGCUUCUCCUGCUAGUCACAAACGUGGCUCUGGCAGGAAAAGGGGUAGGCCAAGGAGCUCUGGGCUGCUUGCAGGGAAAGCAUUGGAGACAAAUGCACCUCUAGAGCACCACGAUAAACCUACAGACAGAAAAGACAGUGGAAUGAACGAAGAGGUGGCCACCAAGGGGGAUCACCAGGAGCAAGGUUUGGAAGAUGCUGGAGUAACAAGACUUCGUAGAUUGUCAUCAAAGAGGAGGUCUUCUGGAGGUGCUGGUCUACUGAAAGACACUGAGGCUGUGUCAGAAAUGAAUAUUUCUGACCUGUUGGCUGGGGAAGAAUCAGGCAAGACAACAAAGAUGUCUCCGAAGAGGAAAAGUGGUGAAGUGUUACUUCAGCCUUUAGGAAAAAGAAAGAGAGUGUCUUUUGGUGGCCACUUGAGCCCAGAGCUUUUUGAUAAAAGUUUGCCUCCCAACUCACCCCUUAAAAGAGGUGCCAUUCCUGCCCGGCUGAGCCUGCCCUUCGGAAACUCGCCACGUGCUGUCCUCAAAAAGGCUCAGGGAUUGAAGCACUUUGCAGUCCAGGACUUUCCUGAACAUUUGCAGAAAGAAAAAGUGUCACCAAGAAAUCUGCCAACUGAGAAGUCCCCAAGUGCCUCGUCCCCUUCCUCUGGGAGGGCAACACCUAAACUGCCUUCAGGCUCUCCAGCACCUUACAAGAAGGGACGUUUCUCUGUUUCUCACGUCACGGCACCAUUACCCGUUGUAGAAGAGAGAGAUACUGUUGCAGAAGACAUGAAUACAGAGGAGGAAGAUGGUGCCUUAGUGAAAACACCUAAAUCUUCUCUCAUUAACCAAAAUGAUAAACCCUUUUUAAUGGCUACACCUGACAAACCAACCAGAAGUGCCCAACUUGCUCUGAAGGUCACACCCAUGAAGAACAGAAGUGGGGCUGUAGCAGUUAUCAAUGCAAAAAGAAGAAGUGGAGCCUCCAGUGCCAAUCUAUUAGUGACGAAAUCUUGGGCUGAAGUGGUAAAAUUGGGUGUCGCAAGACCACAGGCAAAGGCUGUUAAAAAGAGUGUUAGGAAAGGAAGAUUCCUCAAGAAGACAACCCAGUCACCGAAGACUCCACAAAGCAAAAUAAAAGGUCAUUUUAGCACAGGACAUGCAGAAUCACCUGCAACAAUAGUUGUAGGUAGAGCUUAUUCCACCACAGUCAGAACAACUGGACGGGCCCCUAAAGUGGUGAAAAACCCUAUCUUGAAGCUAAACAUGAAAAUGGAUGAAAGCUUCACAGGAAUGGCUGAAAUGUUUCAAACUCCAGAAAAUGUGAGUGGAAAAACAUUACCUUUGGCUGCUGCUCAGAAGAUGGAUUUUACACCAACUUGUGCUGCAGCGGAUAUUUCUGACCUGCACACUCCUGAAGAAACUGGAGAGAUGAUGGUGUCACCAUUGAAUAGUUCAGAUGCUUCAGAACAGAAACAAGAUAGUCCAGGCAUCUGUCACUUUUUGAGAGAGGAGUCAUCUCUAAAGUCUGUGUUUGAUGCAAUAUCCACAAAAACUCCUGAAGAAAGAAAUGCUAUGCUGGAAGAAAAUACUAGUGGGAAUAGUUUGUCAGCGAUUCCAGAAAAACAAGCAUCUCGGGUGAAAUCAGGAAGUAGAAGGAGGACUCCAAAGCAGAAGUUGGAGCCAGCUGAGGUCGUGUCAGGCAUCAAGCAGCUUUUAAGGACCCCAGAGCAAAGGUCAGAACCAGUAGAGGCCUUAUCGGGCAUCAGGCAGCUCAUGAAGACCCCGAAGCAGAAGUCGGAGCCUCUAGAGGACUUGUCAGGAAUUAAGCAACUCAUGAGGACCCCAAAGCAGAAGUCAGAGCCUAUAGAGGCUUUGUCAGGCAUCAAGCAGCUCAUGAGAACCCCAAAGCAUAAGUUGGAGCCUGUAGAGGCCUUGUCAGGAAUCAAGCAGCUCCUGAGGACACCGAAGCAGAAGUCAGAGCCUGUAGAAGCUUUAUCAGGCAUCAGGCAGCUCAUGAAGACCCCAAAGCAGAAGCCAGAGCCUGUAGAGGCCUUGUCAGGCAUCAAGCAGCUCCUGAGGACACCAGAGCAAAAGUCAGAGCCAGCUGAAGUCCUGUCAGGCAUCAAGGAGCUCAUGAGAACCCCAAAGCGUAAGUUGCAGCCUGUAGAGGCUUUGUCAGGCAUCAGGCAGCUCAUGAAGACCCCAAAACAGAAGGUGGAGCCUGUAGAGGCUUUGUCAGGCAUCAGGCAGCUCAUGAAGACCCCAAAACAGAAGGUGGAGCCUGUAGAAGCUUUAUCAGGCAUCAGGCAGCUCAUGAGGACACCAGAGCAAAAGUCAGAGCCAGUUGAGGUCCUAUCAGGCAUCAAGCAGCUCCUGAGAACCCCACAGCGGAAGCCAGAGCAGGUCGAGGUCCUGUCAGGCAUCAAGCAGCUGCUGAGGACCCCACAGCAGAAGCCAGAGCCAGUUGAGGUCCUGUCCGGCAUUAAGGAGCUCAUGAAGACCCCAAACCAAGAGUUGGAACCUGGUACGGAUGAAAGUGCCUUUAAAAGAUUGCUGAAGGCUCCAGUAGAAAACAGAGAAGCAGUUAAAGGUGUUACUUUAACCAAGAAAACUCCAAAGGUGAAAUAUCAACCAGUAGAAGACAUGAUUGGGGUCAGCCGCAUUUUCAAGACACCAAAGGACAAAGCUGAACCCGUAGAAGAUAUGUUUGAUAUUAGUAGAUUAGUGAAGACUCCAAGAGAGAAGUAUCAACGAGUUGAGGAUUUUGUGGGUCUGCAAAGGCUUAUGGCAGAGCCCAAGCAGAAAUGCUCUGACUCUGAAGUGGACUAUGCUGGAGUUAUGGAGAUGUUUGAUGCACCAGAGGAAAUGGAGGUGAGAUCAGUAAAAGCUAUGGAUUCCAAGCAAGAUGCUGCACCUCUUUGUACUUCUUCCACUCCUAAACGUGAAGAUAAAGGAAAUAUUUCACAAGGUGAAGAUUCCCAGCAGAAGGAACCAGCUAGUGCAGGCCAGUCUACCCAGAGGAGAAGGGGCAGACCAAGGAAGACGGUACAUCCUGCUUCAGCAAAGCACUGCAAAAGGGAUUUGAAUUUAAAAGAAUUGCAAAGUGUGGAAAAAAAGAGCACCCAAGAGGAGAUGGAAGCUAAAAAUGAAGGAAGAGGAAGGAGAACCAACCGUCAUAUACAAGAAGAAACUGUUUCAGAGCCCCCCGAUCAGGAAAAAGUUGACGUUUCAUCUGUGGAACCACAUGGAGCUACUCAAAGACCCAGAAGAGGUAAAAGGAAAGACCAAAAGGAAUUAAAACAUCCAAGUGAGAAUCCUGAGGCUUGUGACAAAGAUUCUUCUGUGCUGCAAGAAGAGAAACAGACUUCACAGGAGUGUGGCAUCAGUGGCAUAAUGGAAACUGAAGAUGGUCCAACCAUAAAGACAGAAAGUGUAUCUAGUAGCACUGAAAAUGAAAAUUGUCAACUGCAAACAGGUUUAAAAGAAACUGAAAACAAAUCUAAUGAAGGUGGUGUAGAAGACAGUGAAGAAAUGCUUCUGUCACCUAGGAGGAGAGUUAGAGGAGUGAAAAAAGGAGCAAGCCCAGAACAGCUGAUUCCACCCAAAAGAGGAAGAAGAGAUAGAAAUGACCAAGUUCAACAAGCUGCUUCAGAGGCCUUUCACAGGACAACAAGGAAGCUUCGUAAAGACCCAUCAGAAAAGAUGCUACAAAGAGAAGAAGAGACUUUUGUCGAAGACACUGAGGCUGCCACAGCAGAAGAACCUGAAAAUGGAACUAAACUUGAAAGGAAGAUACCAGAGAAAAGAGUGAAGUCUUUAAGAAGUGCUGGAAAGCACUCAACUGAAGUAAAAGCAGACAUUGGUGAGAUGAUACUUGAAAAUAUACAAACCAUUCAGAAAACUGAAGAAACUUCAACUGAAGCUGGUACUGAACCACAAUCACCUAUCAAAAAUGAGAUUAAAACAUCUCAGGGAGAUGAAACAGAAAAUACUCAGGAAAAUGCAACAGAGGCAUCUCAGAGAUUAAAGGCAGAGUCACCUUCUGGAGAGACAAACAAAAUAUCAGUCACUGCAAACAGAAAUGCAGUGAAGAAAACAACCAGAACUAGAAACAGGAGAGGCAAAAAGGACUCCUUGGAGAAAAAGUCUGAUGAAUUUGCCAAAGAUGAGGAGAACCUAGAACUAAUUGCUCCCAAAAUCAAGUCAGAAGCAGGAACAGAUGAAUCUUCUCUCAAAGAUUCUGUGGACACCCCAGCUACCACACCAGUACCUGCUGCAGACAGUGAUGGUGCUGCUCAGAGCCGUCCGAAGAGGACAAGAAAUGACCAGGGAAUAAAAAACACAAAGCAAACUGAAACCCUGCAAGAGAAUCAAGCCCAAAGUUGUGGAAUGGUAUGUACAAGAGGCAGAGGUAGAAAAGUUAAUUUUGAACUUGAAGAAGCCAGUUCCAAAGCAGUUGGAGGAAACAGGAGUUUACCUGAGGAUGACAAAGGAACGACUGACAAAGAGAGUCAACAAGAGACUUCAGAAAACCCUUCUUCACAAGUGAGGAGGAGCAGAAGAAAGCAAGUUGAUACCAUUCCACAGAUAGCUUGUUCUACUGUUAUGGAAAAACAAACAUUAACUGCAGAGGAUAGUAAAGAUGAGGCUUCUACAAAGGAGCAGGAUUCAGCUUUGGAAGCUACUUCCUCUUCAACAGAAGACAUUCCACUGAGACGAGGGAGAAGACGAGAGGUUGCUGCAGCAUCACAAACAUCUCGAUCUCUUUCUACCAGAAGAAGACGUGGGGUGUUGGAAGGUGGUGAUACAAAGAUAACUGUGAGAGAAGAUCAAAAUCCAGCUUUGGGAAAUGAAACUUUGCAGGCAAAAGCAAAUGCAUCAGCAAGGGAUGAAAGGGAAAAGAUUGAUCUAGCAGCAGAGGCAAAAAGUUCAUCUCCUCUCCAGAGAAAGCGUGGCUUGUCAGAAACUGAUGGUAAAGAGGAGGGCACUAAUGAAGAACAAAAUGUGCCUUUGGAAACAGUGUCCUGUGCAAAAGAGAAGCCAUUGGGAAGGGGCAGAAGGAAGGAAACUGCUCUGGCACCACACACAACCAGUUACAUUCCUCUUAGAGGAAAACGUGGUUUGCCAGCAGAUAACAGUAGAGAAGAAGCUCCUGAAGAAGAUCAAAAUGUUCCAUUAAAAACUUCUGAUUCAUCUGUAAGAGAAAAUCAACCGAGAAGAAGCAGAAGGAAAGAAACUGCCCUCAUGUUAGAAGCCACAAGUUCUACUUCCAUUGAGGAAAAACAGGGCUUAGCAAAAGAAAGUGGUACAAAGAAUAAUCACAGGGGAGCAAAAAAGCUGCUUUUGGAGAAUUCCACUUCCCAAGAAAAAAUGGAUCUUUCAAAAGGGAACUCAAGGCAAACAACCACCUCACAGGCUGUUAGUUCCACCUCACUUCAGGCUUUGCCAGAAGAUGGUAAGAAUGAAACUCCUGAAGAACAACAGAGUGUACUUUUGGAAGUAGCUCCAUCUGUGAAAGAAUAUCCAUCAAGAGUGGGCAGAAAGAAAACAACUUCCACAUCUAAAGAAUCUAAUUCCACUUCUCUCAGGGAAAAUCCUGUCUUGCCCAAAGACAGAGGUCAAAAGAGGAUUCUUAAAGAAGAUGAACACACAUCUCUAGAAAAUAACUCAUCUCAGGAAAACACAAGGCAAUUGAGGAAUAAAAGUAAAAAGGUAGAAUUCAAAUUGGAGGCAGCUACUUCUACUUCUUAUUGUAAAAACAGUGACUUGCCAGAACAUGGCAAAGCUUCAGAAACUCAAGAUGUGUGUUUGACAUCCACUGGUUCUGGGGGAAAUCAUCAGUCUGGAAGAGGGGAAGAGGUUACCCCUGCACCAGAGGCAGCUCCCCCUUCUCGCAAUAGGAAACGUCAGUUGCCAGCAGAUGAUUUACCAUCCAAAAAACUCAAGUCAGAGAAUGAUGGAAAUCCAGCACUGCAGAAAGGAAAAAGAAACAAAGCUAAAGAGGAACCUGAAGGGGCUGUAAGGGCUACUCGGAGUGCUGGAGGGACGGACAGGAAGACAAGAUCAAGCACAAGAACAAGUGCAAAAGCAAGAAAAUAGUCUUAACAACAGCCACAGCACCAGUUUUUAAAUCAAUUCAGUAACUGAAAUAGCAGGUUUUUAAUGUGAAUUGAUUUGCACUUGGAUUUUAAGCUCAGAUUUUUGUAAAGCAAUCACCGAAUUCUGAUAUUAUCAAAAGAUAUUUCUUAUUGUGUUUACAGGUAGGGUGUAGAUUCUGGUUUUAAUAGAUUUAUGUGUAGUGGUUCCUAACCCGUGGGGUGCUUGUGCAAAACUGCAAACCUUAAACCUAAAUCUUUUUAUACCAGUAUUUAUCCCCCUUUUUUCUGUCAGUCAGUACAGCAGCCAGGGAGCCAUAUUACUUUACUGCCAGUUUAAUUGUAAACUCUUUUCUGCUUAAAUUUGAAUGUGCUUAAGUCUAAUUUUUCAUGCCAGUUCUGUAAAUAGUCUGUAAAAGAAGCUCUGGAUGUAUCAGCAGAAUUACGAUGCUGAAGUUUCGAUAAGUUUGCAAAAAAACCUCUUUAAGUUCCUUGUAUUGAAAAAUGCAGAUUUGUGGAAGUCAUUAAAUUUGUGAACAAUUUGGGA